UCACACUCGGUCUGUCACACUCCCUCCCACUCACGCUCAAUCGCUCUAUUAUUUAUACGCCAUGCCCCUGCAUCACAUCAACAACCCUGAAAUCUUCCAUUGCAGCGUCGUUUCAGAGCUUCCUUUUUCUCCUUGAAAACUGUAACCGGGGUUGGUUUUACUUUUUCUAUUGGUUUGAAUCGUCGCGGAGAGCUAGGGUUUGGUAUAGUCUUUUUGGAUUGAUAUUCGGACUUCGGAGGCUUUCGAGAUUUUAAUAAGCUCUUAGCAAUAUUUAUUUCGAUUGAUCGUGACCAAUUGAGAGUUGCUUUUGUUGUUCUUUAUUGUCUAGUGGAGAUAUAUGUUUAUUUGUCGACUUCUCUGAGUGUUUUUCACUUUAAGGAUUAGAAGAGUAGGGGAAGGAAAUGGCGAUUUGUUCUUCUAGCCUCAGGUUAUCAUAUUUAGCCAACUCGCUGAAUGACAUUGAUUCGAUGAAGCAAUGCAACGGAAACUCAAUAGUUACUAUGAAGGCGUUGGGUUCCCUGACAAGCAGUAAUGGAGAGUUCAGGAGUAUUCUAAGGGCAGCAAGUUUGACGCUUUCGAGUAGGUGCGCAAGCAGUAUGCAUCUCUCAGGAAAGGGGAAAAAGUGGUUUGAGGUUCGGUGCAUGUCGCAGCCGCAGGCUAAACCGGAGUUCAGUGAUCCUCCUGUAGUCACGGUUUUGCAAGAGGGAGCGGAUGCUACUUCAGCGAAGGAUUCUGAGGUUUUUCAAAGUAGCUUUACGUCAGAUUCUGACAAUGCAGGUGGUGAUGGGUAUCCUCUUAGUAGUACUGACGGCAAUGGAAAUUUUCCAUCUGGAGGAGGAGGUGGCGGCGGCGGUGGCGGUGAUGGUGAUUACGAGGAGAAUGACAAUGAAGAGGAAUUCGGUCCAGUAAUGAAGUUUGAGGAGGUCUUAAAAGAAGCAGAAGCUCGGGGGGCUAAGCUUCCAUCCGACAUGCUGGAGGCUGCGAAGACUGUUGGAAUUCGCAAAGUUCUUCUUCUCAGAUACUUGGAUUUGCAGGGUUCAGUCUGGCCUUUAGGCUUUGCAAUCAGGUCCUGCUCCUUGCUGCGUGACCGAAUGCUUGCUGAUCCUGCUUUCCUAUUUAAAAUUGGAACAGAGAUAGUCAUUGAUUCUUGUUGUGCAACAUUUGCUGAAAUCCAAAAGAGGGGCAAGGAUUUUUGGACAGAAUUUGAGUUGUAUAUGGCAGAUCUUUUGGUUGGCUUGGUUGUUAACAUUGCUUUGGUCAGCAUGUUAGCACCCUAUGCUCGUAUUGGAAAACCAUCUCUGUCAAAAGGGUUCCUUGGACGCAUACAACAUGCUUGUGGAGCUUUGCCUAGUAGUGUGUUUGAAGCUGAAAGGCCAGGAUGUAGAUUUUCAAUUCAGCAACGGAUUGCAACAUACUUUUAUAAGGGCUUGAUGUAUGGGGCAGUUGGAUUUGUGUGUGGUCUUAUUGGUCAGGGGAUUGCUAAUUUGAUCAUGACAACCAAACGGAGCAUAAAGAAAUCAGAGGAGGAUAUACCUGUACCACCUCUUGUGAAAAGUGCUGCCCUUUGGGGUGUUUUUCUCGGAGUUUCUUCUAAUACUCGCUACCAGAUUAUAAAUGGAUUGGAAUGCCUGGUGGAAGCAUCACCUUUGGCAAAGCAGAUCCCACCUGUUGCAAUGGCCUUCACUGUUGGUGUGCGAUUUGCUAACAAUGUUUAUGGGGGUAUGCAGUUUGUGGACUGGGCUAGGUGGAGUGGGGUGCAAUGAUUUUAUUUUAUUUUUCCUUCUGUUUGACAUAAUGAUAACAAUGGACAGAAAUGUGUGCGUGUGUGCGUGUCUGUGUGAAUAUUAGACCCAGAAACCCUUGGAGGUGAUUUUAUUCUCUUACAGACACCAGGGACAGGUAGGUUCUGAAUUCUGAUGAGGUUACAAAGUGUUCUACCGUGUGAUAUGCUUGUCCUUGUUGUAAUCCGUUCUGGGUUUUAUAUGUAUUUAUGUAUUAGCUAAUAUGAAUCUACCAAUUGAAGCUGGAAUCGUCUCUUCUUGUUUCUUAUUUU